GUGAAGCUCUAGAUCUCUGCAAUGUCCGGCACCGAGUCAGGCCCUCAGGGGCUGACAAGGAAGUCGUCGCGAAGCGCGACAACGACGACCGUCACCAUGGAGGUCUUUGACAAUGAGGUUGUUCCUCCGAACCUUGCAUCCAUUGCUCCGAUACUCCGUGUCGCGACCGAGAUAGAAGCUGAGAGACCGAGAGUUGCAUAUCUCUGUCGAUUUUACGCAUUUGAUAAAGCUCAUAGAUUGGAUCCAAGCUCGAGCGGUCGUGGUGUUCGACAGUUCAAGACAGCUCUUCUGCAACGAUUAGAGCGGGACAAUGCAUCAAGUCUUGCCUCCAGAGUUAAAAAGAGUGAUGCACGUGAAAUUGAGAGUUUUUAUCAGCAAUACUAUGAACACUACGUCAGGGCCCUGGAUAAAGGGGAGCAGGCAGAUAGAGCCCAACUCGGGAAAGCCUACCAGACAGCUGGAGUGCUUUUUGAAGUGCUAUGUGCCGUUAAUAAGACUGAAAAAGUUGAAGAAGUUGCUCCUGAGAUUAUUGCAGCAGCAAAAGAUGUCCAAGAAAAAACAGAAAUAUAUACCCCCUAUAAUAUUCUUCCACUUGACGCUGCCGGAGCUUCACAAUCUAUCAUGCAGCUUGAGGAGGUUAAGGCAGCUGUGGCUGCUCUGUCAAACAGUCGUGGUUUGAACUGGCCAACUACAUAUGAGCAGCACAGACAGAAAACUGGAGACUUGGACCUUCUUGAUUGGCUAAGGGCUAUGUUUGGAUUUCAGAGAGACAAUGUGAGAAACCAGAGGGAGCAUUUGAUUUUAUUGCUUGCCAAUGUUCAUAUAAGGCUUGUACCUAAGCCUGAGCCUCUCAAUAAGCUUGAUGAGCGAGCGGUUGAUGCAGUUAUGAACAAGGUUUUCAAGAACUAUAAAACAUGGUGUAAAUUUUUGGGACGAAAACACAGUUUACGCCUUCCUCAAGGGCAACCUGAAGUCCAGCAGCGGAAGAUACUCUACAUGGGUCUAUAUCUUCUUAUCUGGGGUGAAGCAGCUAAUGUUCGUUUUAUGCCAGAAUGUAUAUGCUACAUUUUUCAUAAUAUGGCAUAUGAACUCCAUGGUCUAUUAGCUGGAAAUGUCAGCAUUGUGACUGGUGAAAACAUCAGACCUUCUUAUGGUGGAGAUGAUGAGGCAUUUCUCAGAAAGGUCAUAACACCAAUAUAUCGUGUGAUAGAGAUGGAAGCAAAAAAGAGCAAAAAUGGAAAAGCCCCUCAUUCAGCUUGGUGUAACUAUGACGAUCUAAAUGAAUAUUUCUGGUCAGCUGGCUGCUUCUCUCUGGGAUGGCCUAUGCGUGAUGAUGGUGAUUUCUUUAAGUCAACGCGCAACACAACACAGGGAAACCAAACAUCUCAUACAAAAUCUGAAAGAACAGGCAAGUCAAAUUUUAUUGAGACCAGAACAUUUUGGCACAUCUUUCGAAGUUUUGAUCGUAUGUGGACCUUCUACAUACUGGCUCUGCAGGCAAUGUUGAUCGUUGCAUGGCGUGGUCGUUCACCAAUGGAUAUAUUAUUCCAAAGGAAGAUCUUACAUUCUGUUUCUAGUAUUUUUAUUACAGCAGCCUUUCUACGUUUCCUUCAGAGUAUUUUGGACCUUGUUUUGAACUUCCCUGGGUACCAUAGGUGGAAAUUUACUGAUGUGAUGAGAAACAUUCUCAAGGUCGUAGUUAGUCUUGCAUGGCUUAUUAUCCUUCCACUAUGUUACUUACAAUCCUUCAAAGUCACUCCUCAGCAAAUUAAGAGCAUGUUGACAUGGGCACAUCAUGUAAAGGGAAUACCACCUUUAUAUAUCAUUGCUGUGGUUAUAUACCUUCUUCCCAACUUACUAGCAGGGGCUUUAUUUAUUUUCCCUAUGCUUCGACGGUGGAUUGAAAACUCGGACUGGCAUAUCAUAAGGUUUCUUUUAUGGUGGUCACAGCCAAGGAUUUAUGUUGGAAGGGGAAUGCAUGAAAGUCAGUUUCAACUUAUCAGGUAUACUCUAUUUUGGGUGCUGCUUCUGUGUUGCAAAUUAUCAUUCAGCUACUAUGUCCAGAUAAAACCUUUAGUGAAGCCAACAAGAGAUAUAAUGAAUGUUCAUCAUGUUAGAUAUGCUUGGCAUGAAUUUUUUCCUAAUGCUCCAUACAACUUUGGUGCUGUUGUCUCCCUCUGGGCUCCCGUAAUUUUGGUUUAUUUUAUGGAUACUCAAAUCUGGUAUGCUGUUUUCUCAACCUUGUAUGGUGGCUUUACUGGAGCUUUUGAUCGUCUUGGAGAGAUACGAACUCUGGGCAUGCUACGGUCAAGGUUCCAAUCUUUACCUGGAGCUUUCAAUGCAUGUUUGGUGCCUUCUGAUAAGGUCGAGAAAAGGGGAUUUUCUUUAUCAAGGCGUUUCGCUAAGGUUUCAGCAAGCAAGAGAACUGAAGCUGCAAAGUUUGCUCAACUAUGGAAUGAAGUGAUAUGUAGUUUUCGUGAGGAAGACCUUAUAAAUUAUAGGAAAGGCCUCUGAAUUCAGGAGAUGGAUCUGUUGCUAGUCCCUUAUUCAUCAGAUCCUAGUUUGAAAUUAAUACAAUGGCCACCCUUUUUACUUGCUAGCAAGAUCCCAAUAGCUUUGGAUAUGGCAGCUCAAUUUCGAUUCCGUGACUCUGACCUUUGGAAGCGUAUAUGUGCUGAUGAAUAUAUGAAAUGUGCUGUUAUUGAAUGCUAUGAAUCUUUCAAGCAUAUCCUUGAUGUUUUGGUUGUUGGGGAGAAUGAGAAAAGGAUAAUUGGUAUUAUCAUAAAAGAGAUUGAAGGUAACAUUUCAAAGGGCACAUUUCUUACUAAUUUCAGAAUGAGUUCUCUACCUACUCUUUGCAAGAAAUUUGUGGAGCUUGUGGGGAUCUUGAAAGAUGGAGAUCCAUCUAAGCGAGAUACAGUAGUAUUAUUGCUGCAGGACAUGUUAGAAGUAUUUACUCGUGAUAUGAUGGUGAAAGAGAUUCAUGAGUUGGUAGAACUUGGUCAUAGUAACAAGGAUGCAGUCCCCAGAAGACAACUGUUUGCUGGCACUGAUCCAAAACCUGCCAUAAUGUUCCCUCCUGUAGUUACUGCACAAUGGGAAGAACAGAUAAAACGUCUGUAUCUCCUUCUGACGGUAAAAGAGUCAGCCAUGGAUGUCCCAUCCAACCUUGAAGCACGCAGAAGGAUUGCCUUUUUUUCAAAUUCUUUAUUCAUGGAUAUGCCACGUGCACCACGUGUCCGUAAGAUGCUCUCAUUCAGUGUUAUGACUCCAUACUAUAGUGAGGAGACACUCUAUUCUAAAAGUGACCUUGAACUGGAAAAUGAAGAUGGUAUAUCUAUCAUCUUCUACCUACAGAAAAUCUUCCCAGAUGAGUGGAAUAACUUCAUUGAGAGGCUCAAUUGUAAAGGAGCAAGUGAGGUUUGGGAAAAUGAAGAGAACAUUUUGCAGCUUCGUCACUGGGUCUCAUUGAGAGGACAAACACUCUGCAGAACAGUUAGAGGGAUGAUGUACUACCGAAGGGCUUUGAAGCUUCAGGCUUUUCUUGACAUGGCUUCUGAAAGUGAGAUUUUAGCAGGUUACAAGGCAGUUACAGUUCCAUCAGAGGAAGAGAAGAAGAGCCAGAGAUCCCUAUAUGCUCAGCUAGAAGCUGUAGCUGACAUGAAAUUCACAUAUGUUGCAACAUGUCAGAACUAUGGGAAUCAGAAACAAUGUGGAGAUCGCCGUGCAACAGAUAUUUUAAACUUGAUGGUUAACAACCCAUCUCUUCGUGUAGCAUAUAUUGAUGAAGUUGAAGAAAGCGAAGGUGGUAGGGUACAUAAGGUCUAUUAUUCUGUGUUAGUCAAAGCUGUUGAUAAUCGUGACCAGGAGAUCUACCGUAUAAAGUUGCCGGGUUCAGCAAAGAUAGGGGAAGGGAAGCCUGAAAAUCAGAACCAUGCUAUAAUUUUCACUCGAGGUGAAGCUCUUCAAACCAUUGAUAUGAACCAGGACAAUUACUUGGAAGAAGCUUUUAAAAUGCGCAAUCUUUUGGAAGAAUUCAAUGAGGAUCAUGGAGUGCGUCCAGCUACCAUUCUAGGUGUUCGUGAACAUAUAUUUACUGGAAGUGUGUCUUCUUUAGCUUGGUUUAUGUCCAACCAGGAAACCAGUUUUGUUACCAUUGGUCAAAGAGUUCUUGCAAGACCUUUGAGGGUUCGAUUUCACUAUGGUCAUCCAGAUGUGUUUGAUAGAAUCUUCCACAUAACCCAAGGUGGCAUAAGUAAGGCUUCUAGAGGCAUUAACUUGAGUGAGGACAUCUUUGCUGGUUUUAAUUCAACACUAAGACGUGGGAACAUUACCCACCAUGAGUACAUCCAGGUUGGAAAGGGGCGAGAUGUUGGGCUCAACCAAAUCUCACUAUUUGAAGCAAAAGUUGCCUGUGGCAAUGGGGAGCAGAUACUCAGCCGGGAUAUCUAUCGGCUAGGCCACCGAUUUGAUUUCUUCCGUAUGCUGUCAUGUUAUUUUACAACAGUCGGGUUUUAUUUCAGCUCAUUGAUGGUUAUACUUAUAGUCUAUGUUUUCUUAUAUGGUAAGCUUUACUUGUCGUUGAGUGGAUUGGAGAAAUCAAUAAUUAGGUAUGCAAGGUCCAGGGGAGACGAUCCUCUUAAGGCAGCAAUGGCAUCACAGUCCCUUGUUCAGAUAGGUCUACUGAUGACCUUGCCCAUGGUCAUGGAAAUUGGACUAGAGAGAGGUUUCAGAACUGCACUAGGUGACAUAAUAAUCAUGCAGCUUCAGCUCUGUGCUGUAUUCUUUACUUUCUCUCUUGGGACAAGAGGCCAUUAUUUUGGGCGUACAAUCUUGCAUGGGGGUGCCAAGUACAGAGCCACUGGGAGAGGCUUUGUGGUGCGUCAUGAAAAGUUUGCAGAGAAUUACAGGAUGUAUUCAAGGAGUCAUUUUGUUAAAGGAAUAGAGCUAACGAUAUUGCUGAUAGCAUAUGAGAUUUAUGGAGCUGCAACUACUGAUUCUGCUUCUUAUAUGCUUCUUACAAGUUCAAUGUGGUUCUUGGUGGUUUCUUGGUUGUUUGCCCCAUUCCUUUUUAAUCCUUCAGGUUUUGAGUGGCAAAAGAUAGUGGAGGAUUGGGAAGAUUGGACUAAGUGGAUAAGCAGCAGAGGUGGUAUUGGUGUGCCAGCAAACAAGAGCUGGGAGUCAUGGUGGGAUGAGGAACAGGAACACCUACAGUAUACUGGGCUCAGUGGACGGUUCUGGGAGAUUGUUCUUUCUCUACGUUUCUUUAUCUACCAGUAUGGAAUUGUAUACCAACUUCAUGUGUCCGCCAACAAUAAAAGCAUCAUUGUCUAUGCUUUGUCCUGGAUAGUCAUUUUGGCCGUGAUGAUCAUCUUAAAGAUUGUAUCCAUGGGUAGGAAGAAGUUUAGUGCAGAUUACCAGUUGAUGUUUAGACUUCUCAAGUUGUUCCUGUUUAUUGGGUCUAUAGUAACUCUGGUCAUCCUGUUUACAUUCCUUAGACUCACAGUAGGAGACAUCAUAGCCAGCCUAUUGGCCUUCAUGCCGACAGGAUGGGCAAUUUUGCAGAUAUCGCAAGCAUGUAAGCCAGUGAUGAAGGCAUUAGGGUUGUGGGGUUCUGUCAAAGCUCUAGCAAGGGGGUAUGAGUACAUGAUGGGUGUCCUGAUCUUUGCGCCAGUGGCCAUUCUUGCAUGGUUCCCAUUCGUAUCAGAGUUCCAGACAAGGUUGCUCUUCAACCAAGCAUUUAGUCGAGGACUACAGAUUUCACGCAUUCUGGCUGGAGGAAAAAAGCAGAACUGAAAUUUGUAGAGUGAUAUAAAGAGAUAGGUAGAUAGAUAGCUAGAGAGAGAGAGAGAGAGAGCAUGUUGGCAUAUGGCUACGGGAUUUUGCGAAUAGUGUCUAUAAAUCUGUAUGUGGAUAAUUUCCUUACAGUCCAUGCUCUAAAGCGAACUAACCUGUAGAUUGUUUUGGAUCUUGUUGA